AGAAGCAGGCGGAUCCGCCCGAGUGAAGCAGGGCCCGACUCGCACCCAGGACUCCGGGCCCCAGCCUUCCCUCCUAGCCUCAGAGAGGCAUCCGACAUCCCCCUCUCCUGAGAAGCGACGCGGGCUGGCGGGACGUCCCGAGAAGGCUGGGCGCCCGCGGCCACUUCCCGGCCCGGGUGCGCAAAGGAGCGAAGCCAAGGGACGGCGUUCGCUCGGGCUCCCUCUCGGGCGCGCCGGAGCCGGGGGCGGCUGCUCCGGCUGCAGCCUCGCGGGCUGACGCCUCCCGGGCCGAAGCGUCCCCCGGCGCUCGGCAACUUCAUUCCGCUCCUGCAGCGGCCAGCGAGCUCGCCCAUCAGGUCCACCCGGCCUGGCCCGAUCAUGUUGGACGGCCUGAAGAUGGAAGAGAAUUUCCAAAGCGCCAUCGAGACUUCGGCCUCCUUCUCCUCGCUGUUGGGCAGAGCGGUGAGCCCCAAGUCUGUCUGCGAGGGCUGUCAGCGGGUCAUCUCGGACAGGUUUCUGCUGCGGCUCAACGACAGCUUCUGGCAUGAGCAGUGUGUGCAGUGCGCCUCCUGCAAAGAGCCCCUAGAGACCACCUGCUUCUACCGGGACAAGAAACUGUACUGCAAGUAUGACUAUGAGAAGCUGUUUGCUGUCAAAUGUGGGGGCUGCUUCGAGGCCAUCGCACCCAAUGAGUUUGUCAUGCGGGCCCAGAAGAGUGUGUACCACCUGAGCUGCUUCUGCUGCUGUGUCUGCGAGCGGCAGCUCCAGAAGGGUGAUGAGUUUGUCCUGAAGGAGGGCCAGCUGCUCUGCAAAGGGGACUAUGAAAAGGAGCGGGAGCUGCUCAGCUUGGUGAGCCCAGCAGCCUCAGACUCAGGCAAAAGUGAUGAUGAAGAAAGUCUUUGCAAGUCAACCCAUGGAGCAGGGAAAGGAGCUGCUGAGGAUGGUAAGGACCACAAGCGCCCCAAACGUCCCAGAACCAUCUUGACAACCCAACAGAGGAGAGCAUUCAAGGCCUCAUUUGAAGUGUCCUCCAAGCCAUGCCGGAAGGUGAGAGAGACCCUGGCUGCAGAAACAGGGCUGAGCGUCCGUGUCGUUCAGGUGUGGUUCCAGAAUCAGAGAGCUAAGAUGAAGAAGUUGGCCAGGCGGCAGCAGCAACAACAGCAAGAUCAGCAGAACUCCCAGAGGCUGAGUUCUGCUCAGACAAAUGGUGGUGGGGGCGCUGGGAUGGAAGGGAUCAUGAACCCCUACACGGCUCUGCCCACUCCACAGCAGCUCCUGGCCAUCGAGCAGAGUGUCUACAGCUCAGAUCCCUUCCGACAGGGGCUCACCCCACCCCAGAUGCCUGGAGACCACAUGCACCCCUAUGGUGCUGAGCCCCUUUUCCACGACCUGGAUAGUGACGACACCUCCCUCAGUAACCUGGGUGACUGUUUCUUGGCAACCUCAGACGCCGGGCCCCUGCAGUCCAGAGUGGGAAACCCCAUUGACCACCUGUACUCCAUGCAGAAUUCUUACUUCACCUCUUGAGUCUUCCCCUCGAGUUCUGUGGCUAGGCUCCCAAACGGAACAACCACAUUAUGUGAGGGGUCUGCUGGCUUUAGAACGGGGAGGCCAGGAAAGAGGUGGGUCGGGGAGGGAGUUUUGUCGGGGAUGCUGUUGUAUAAUGAUAUGGUGUAGCUCGGCAUUUCCAAAGACUGAAUACAUUAUGGAUUGCAUAGCUUAACAUUUCUAAUAAGAGUCUUAGCAUUAGAUAUGAAGAUGUGUUUAUCAUUAAGGACAGGGACCUUUAAUACAGACAUUCUCAUGCAAACUAGAUGCCUAGGGACUCCUAACAACUUCCCGCCAUUUUGGGGAAGCUCUUGUCAAGAGGUGCAUACGUCUAUCCAUCUAUACACCCAUAGACAGAAAGACAGAUGUAUGUGAGUGUGUAACCUUUCAUACUUUAUCAUCAAAGUUUAUUCCUAAUUAUAACAGACAUCAACUGUACAGCAAAAGUAACUUUAUUUUCAGUGUGAACUAUAUUUAAGGAAAUGCUUGAUGCACUUAAGUUAUAAAAUGAGAUAAUUUACUUUUAUAAACUUUAUUUUUAGUUUGGAGAGACUUGUUGGCAGGGCAGAAAGGGCUGCUCCAUCUAGCCGCAUGGCGUUGUGUACAUUUUAUCCUGUUUUCAGACAGUGUGAUUGAGGUCUGGGAAGUAACUCUGUGGCUGACACUGUUCUCUUGUGGGUUCUUGCUCUCUGUGGGGUUGAAUCACUGGGCGUGGGUGGGACAGAACAGUCCCUAAUCAUGUUCUUAGAAAAUUCAAAGCCUAGACUCCUGGGCUUUCUCUUAAAUUCUGGUCAUUGGGCAGUGCUAGAAAAGUCAGCUGUGCUCUUGAGCUCCAGCAUCUUUGGGUGCAGGAUGAGGCUAAUAGCAUGUACCUACCUCACUGGGCAGCGUGAAGGCUUAAUUCACCCUCAGGAUAGAUGAGCGGUGGGGAGACCAAUACCUAAUAUUUGGUCAAAAUCCAACUAAACCAAUCACUUGGCAAAGGAGGAUACCUGGGGCUGCAGAGCAGGAGGUCUCCUCCACCCUGAGGACAGUGUGGCUUGCCAUAGUUCCUUCUACAAAGCCAGGUGGCAGAAGUACCAGUGCAGGACAGCUCAGAGGGGUGUCAGAGGGGGAAGAGUCUAAGGCUGAGAUGGUGGAGGAGGGCAUUGAGGUAUUCUAGAGCAGGGGUCAGCAAACUACAGCCUAUAGGCCUGUUUUUGUAAGGGCUGCCAGCUAAGAAUGGUUUUUACACUUUUAAAGGGUUGUUAAAAAAAAAAAAAAGAACAAGAAUAUGUCACAGACAUUGUAUGUGGCCCACAAAGCCUAAAAUAUUUACUAUCUGCCUUUUAACAGGAAGCGUCUGUUGACCCCUGCUGUAGAGGGUCUGUUUCUAAACAGGCUUGUGGAGCUCAUGGAGGGAGAGGUGGUCCAGGUGGGAAUCCAGGGCGCUUCCUCCCAGCUCACUUUUCUGACCCUGAGCACAGAAAUCCCAAUAGCCAUUGUACACAGGGACCGUUCCUCACCCUGUUCUCCAAAUGUGGUGCUAAAUGGGAUACUUCUGUGCUAGGAAACCCCCUGGGAAGUCUGAAUGUGGAGGAGGGGAACACGGAGGGUCAGCUUGGGCCCCUCCUCUGAGAGGGGCCGGGACGGGCUUGGCCUUCUAGGACGUCAUGGAAGACUUGGACACAGCGACACUUCCCCUGACACUCUGCAAGGCCUGAGGAAACAUGUCCCCUGAUGGUAGAGUCUACAUUGUGUGAUUUGUGUGCUCUUGUUUAUAAUUUAUACAAACCACCAUGAAACCCAAGCCAGUCUGGUGAGUGAAAAUCGUGCCAAUGCUGUGUCGCUCCUCAGGUUUCUGUGGUAAAGAUCAGUUGGAGAAUGUAGCAGAUACUAUGUGAGUGAAAACGAAUAGAGAUCCUUAUUCCACUCCUUAAUGGCAUACCAAGAUGAAAUUAAAAUCCUCUUACAAAUGA